AUGCCCCCCCUUGUGCCCAUUCCCAGUGAUCAACAUGCUUGGCAUUACCGUUGCAUCGAUCGUCCAUUCGCCGUGCGGUGCUCUUCAUUGUCCAUCCUCCUCGGCUGGAUAGCCCAGCACGCUGUGGCCGUGCAAAUGCCCAUUGACAAAGCCUGCGGCGGCGUCUACGGUAUCACCCAGUGCAACUCUCAAUUCUUCACAUACCCUACAACCACAGAAAGGAUCUUAUGUGGCUUUGGAUGGCAAUGCGGAACAAAGGUCAACACGGAGAGGAUCGAUGUGUGCGAGGCCGUCAAAAGAGCCCUUGGCAGCGGCGACUUUGCGAACCAUGCGUCUAGGAACUGUCAGUGCUUUCCUCAAGCUAUUGGCCUUCCCAAGAAUGGUCUCUACAAGCCUUACUAUGAGGGGGCGCUCAUAGGAUCCUUGAGCGAUUACUUUUUCCGAUCCAUAUACAGUCUUGAGAGGUGUAUUGCCGAUGACGGGAUUACCAUCAAGACCGACCGAGCGACCGUCAUUCAGAACCAGAUAUCUAAUACACGUGGCUUGACCGUCGCUCGAGAACCAGAUGUCGGCAUGCCCCUGUAUCGACAGCUUGCUACAGCAAUGGAGCCCUGCCAACUAGACGGCUGCGAUCCUGUCAAGCUCUGCGACUUCUUUUUUGUCCGCAUGUUGAAUACUUGGGUAUCCAUCUUUGAGACUCUCAAGAAACAGGUUGCUGCUGUUAACCAGGCUUCCAAUCUUGUUCAGACUCGCCUCGCUACUGUUAACGGCAAGGUCAGCUCUACCAAGGCGAGCGUUUUCUCUACUAUGCUCUCCACUGUAAAAGGUCUUGGGGCCGUUACCGGUUUCUCGGACAAGGGAACCAAGAACAUCCCCGGUAUGAUCUCUCUGACCAAGACCUCCCUCUCGUACACCAAAAGCGCCGCAGAAGGAUCGUAUUACGUCGAUCUGUUCCAGAACUUCAAUAUGAGCACCCUCCGCGACUUUGCAAAGGCGUGCAAGGUGACCGAGUACUUUCCCCCGGCCGCAGAAAAGAUAAAGAACUCUCUGGUUCCCAUUAGCAACAUCAAGAAGUAUGCUGCACAAGGGCGCACCGGGUUGACGCAGAUUGACUAUAUGCUUGGUGUUCAGUGGCCCAAGAACAAGGAACUCGCGAAAACUGCAGCAGGUCGCAAGGUGCGCGACGGGUUCAUCAACAUUCAGAAGAGCGUAAAAAUCGACCUCAGAACGCCUGUGUACAACCUCAUCAAGGCCAUUGACGCCCUACAACUCACCGUCGACAAGCUCCCCCUGACCAACAAGAAGCUCGAGUGGAGCUUUGGUGCAGCUCCAUACACCCGAUGGAGCGAGCACGAGAUGAAGGUCCCCUGCGCGCAGGAAAAGACACAGACCUUUACGCUCAAUGGAUGGCCAUCGGCUCCCUUCACGUGGACAGAUGUCACGUCUUGCGAGUGGGGACCUACCAAGAUCCAGUACUCCAAGAACUUCAUCCCUUAUAUCAAGUACCGCCUUGUUUAG